AUGCCUGAUAAGAGAAACAGCAUAGUAAAGUUUAAAAAUUUUAAAAAUAAAGUAAAUGUCCCAUUCAUGGUAUAUGCGGAUUUGGAGAGCGUUCUAAAACCUACCGAUGAUCCGAAAAAACCUCAAAAGCAUAUACCUGCUGCCGUUGGGUAUUACUUUAAAUGUUCCUAUGAUGAUUCUAUGUCAUUUUAUCGCUCCUAUCGUGGUUCAAAUUGCAUGGAAUGGUUUGCUGAUGAAAUGAAUCAGCUUGCAGCGGAUGCCUCCACCGUAUUUCUUUGUCCAUAUCCGAUCCAUAUGUCUACAGAUGAUGAGCGAAUGUUUCAGGCUACUACUUACUGUCAUAUAUGUGAGCAACGCUUUUCUAUUAAAGAUAAAAAAGUCCGAGACCAUAAUCACAUGAUUCCGGAAAACAAUUAUCGAGGGGCCGCUCACGAAGGGUGUAACAUCAAUUAUCAAGACACCCACACCAUUCCAGUGGUCUUCCAUAAUUUGAGCGGAUAUGACGCGCAUUUUGUCGUUUCCAGCAUUGCUACACGCAUGAAAGGCUCCAUUGAUCUUCUUCCUAUCACUAAGGAAAAAUAUAUAUCAUUUACUAAACACAUUGAUGAUGCUCAAAUUAAAUUUCGUUUCAUCGAUAGUUUUCGAUUCAUGGCUUCUUCUCUUGAGAAACUUUCUUCGUAUUUGCCCAAAUAUCCAAAUCUUCAUGCUCAAUUUUCAUCUCUUCCCGAGGAGCAGUUCAAUCUUCUUACUAAAAAGGGAAUCAUGCCAUAUGAUUAUAUUGAUUCAUUCGAUCGCUUCAUUGAAACAUGUCUACCGCCUAUAGAGUCUUUUUAUAAUAACCUUGAGGAUAAACCAUGUCCUAGUCGACAUUAUCGUAGAGCCCAAGAAGUCUGGUCAUCCUUCAAUUGUUCCACUCUUGGCGAUUAUGUAGAUCUCUACAUGAAGACAGACAUUCUUCUUCUAGCAGAUGUCUUUGAACAAUUUCGUUCUAGUUGCCUUAAAACUUAUAAUCUUGACCCUGCUCAUUAUUACACUUUACCUGGCUUCACGUGGGAUGCUAUGCUGAAACAUACGAAGCAGGAACUUGAACUUUUAACUGAUCAAGAUAUGCAUUUGUUUGUCGAGCGCGGAAUCCGCGGAGGACUUAGUCAAGUUUGCUCGAAACGUCGCGUUCAUGCUAACAAUAAGUAUAUACCCACUUACGAUUUAUCUAAACCCGAUUCAUACCUUAUGUACUUCGACGUUAAUAAUCAAUACGGCUGGGCGAUGUCACAAUAUCUUCCAUAUGGUGGUUUCGAGUGGGUUGAUGCUAACAUCGAUGUCUUGUCGGUUCCUGACGAUGCUUCUGAUGGGUACUUCCUCGAGGUUGAUUUAGAUUACCCCCACCAUCUCCACAAUCAUCAUAAUGAUAUCCCGUUCUGUCCAGAAUCUCUAAAUCCGAAAACUAUGAAACCACCUUCACGACUAAGAGAACUUACUAAAUUAAUGACCACCUUAAACCCCAAAAGAAAAUAUAUAAUACACUAUCGAGCUCUUAAGCAAGCAUUAACUUAUGGCUUAGUACUGAAGAGGAUACAUCGAGUUUUAAAAUUCAAACAAUCCCCUUGGCUGAAGUCGUACAUAGACCUUAAUACUGAACUUCGAAAAAAUGCUAAGAAUGAGUUUGAAAAAAACCUUUUUAAGUUAAUGAACAACGCUGUCUUCGGCAAGACCAUGGAGAACGUGCGCAAGAGAGUAUCCAUUAAACUUGUGACAAACUGGGAGGGUCGGUAUGGCGCAGAAGCACGAAUUAGUGAUCCAUUGUUUAAAAAUUUAACUAUUUUCAAUGAAAAUUUAGUGGCAAUCGAGAUGAGAAAAGAUGAAAUUUGGCUAAAUAAACCUAUAUUUGUUGGAAUGAGCAUCUUGGAUUUGGCUAAAACCACGAUAUAUGACUUUCAGUAUGGUUAUUUAGCCGAUAGAUUUGGAGAAAACUUCACGACUUGCUACACGGACACUGAUUCAGUAAUAGUAGAGAUACGAGGAGAAGAUCCAUAUGAGACGAUGAAAUAUGACUGCCACAAGUAUUUCGAUACAUCUGACUACGCUGCAGACAAUCCAUAUAAGAUUCCCCAGGUUAACAAAAAAAUUCCAGGCUUGAUGAAAGAUGAGAAUAAUGGUCGCAUUAUGACUGACUACAUAGGGUUGAGAUCUAAAUUGUAUACAACAAAAGUUCUAAUUACAGAUAAUGACAUUACAAAGAAACGAAAAAUGCUACAUAAUGAUGAGUAUGAUGAGGAUGAAAUUGGGGCGAUAAUCAGAAAUUUAGGCGUGACAAAGAAAGCCAAGGGGGUUAAAAUGUGUGUGGUUCAAAAUAAAAUAACUUUUGAUGAUUACGUUAAAUGUCUAGAUUCAUAUCAAUCUAUGUCGAUUCAGCAAAAAUUAAUAAGAUCUAUUAAUCAUGAUGUAUACUCCAUGGUUCAAGAUAAAAUAGGCCUUAACUCAAACGACGACAAAAGGUGUAAAGUUCCAGACACCUACAAUACAUUAGCCUGGGGACAUUACUCUAUAAAUGCUGCACCCAUGGAUGUUGAAUAA